CAUGGUUGAUUGUUGACUCCAAUGUUUACUUUGUUCCAUCUUUAUGGUUUAAUCCAACUUUCCAAACCGAACUAACGAAGCUGUUUCCGCAAAAAGAAACCGUCUUUCACCACUUGGCUCGGUAUCUUUCAUAUCGUCACUUGGUACUACCAUGAUCACUUAUCCAAAGCAGAUGAGAGACUCGGGAUUCAAAUUCGAGUUUUUUUGCGAUCAAGGUGGAUACUACCAACACGUCAUGGACCAUCUCAUAUCCUGCACACAAAGACAGGAAACUCCUGUCAAUAUAUCGAACAUCCCAAAAUGUAAAGCUGUUCUUGUCACUUCUUUGACAGGAGAAAUUAUAAAAGCUCAAGGUCGACAUUUGGAUAUGCUUCUUAUAGUCUUCGAGGAUUAA